AUGAUUUCAGUAAUAGUUUGGAUUCGCUUCCGAUUACUUUGUGCCGAGUCUUAAGCUUUUUCACUGAGAAAUACCACUUCAAGUAUUAAUACAACUAAAAUUCAAAAUCUUGUUUCUUAUAUUAAAUACCAAGUAUUUAAACGCAAAAAUGAAUGUUUUAAUAAUUGCUAUGUUUUUGAUAAUUAAUUUCUCAAACGAAUGUUUUGGUUAUGUGUUGAGGACAGGAGUGGACGACUCCGAGAACCGUAUAAUUAAUCUGAAAGACAUUAACACAAAACUACACGAAACACAAGUGAUGUUAUUGAUGAAGAGGAUACGACCGAAGAGGGACGCCAUGGAUAACCUGAUCUAUGAAGUGGUGGCCGACGCCGAGAAGGACGAACUCGAGUCCGAUUACGACAAAUCCAACUUCAAAGCCGAGUCCAUUCGGCACCGGCUUAACGAACGCAUAGAACACAUCGAUUUGGUUUUGACACAUCUUAAGGACAUUAAGAAACACUUCGAUAGCGUUCACAAAAUGGCCAAAACACUGGUCGAGAGCGACGCCACCGCAGACUUUGUCAAAAAGUUUGCGAUCGACCAGUUGAACGACUCCGUCAACAAUGUCGAAAAGUGUGACCAAUGCUGGACUUAG